AAAGUUCGUCCCUUCGGCAUCCGGAGUCCUAGGCUCUGCGCGCGGGUCGGGAGGCGGCCGGAGCGGCGGGAGCGUCCGGCAGAGUCGGGGCGUGGUGCUCUGAGCGGCGGCGGGGCCCGAGCUGGGACUCACUCCGACUCUUGCCCCCGCAGCCAUGGCCCUGCGCUACCCCAUGGCCGUGGGCCUCAACAAAGGCCACAAGGUGACCAACAACGUGAGCAAGCCGAGGCACAGCCGCUGGCGCGGGCGCCUCACCAAGCACACCAAGUUCGUGCGGGACAUGAUCCAGGAGGUGUGCGGCUUCGCAACCUACGAGCGCCGCGCCAUGGAGCUGCUCAAGGUGUCCAAGGACAAACGGGCACUCAAGUUCAUCAAGAAGAGGGUGGGCACGCACAUCCGCGCCAAGAGGAAGCGCGAGGAGCUGAGCAGCAUGCUGGCCGCCAUGCGCAAGGCGGCCGCCAAGAAGGACUGAGCCCCGCCCGCCCCCCAAUAAACGAGUCCGCGAAAAAAAAAAAAA